CUUCUUUUUUUCCCGGGAAAAAAAAAUCUCAGCAGUUGUUCCCCAACGAGAUGAUCCAUUCUCCUCUGAUACCUCUUCAUUUCAAUCCAAACUUCUCUCCAUUCCUCAAACCAAACACUAACAAGCUCUUCUCCAAUGCCCACCAAAAAUUUCCAAGGCCAUGGAGGCAUUCUCUCAGCUUGGUUUCUGCUCUUAAGCCAUUGGUCAAAGAUGGUGUUUUGAAAAUCAAUGACAAAGAGGCUUUGAAGAAUGUUCCUGAUAAUGUUCUUGUUUCUAAGCCUGUUGAUGGCUCUGCUGUCUUCUUAGGUGCUGUUUCUGAUGAGAUGAGUAGCCGCCAUGUUUUCAAGCUCGGAGUUCUUGAGGAUUGUCGAUUACUUUGCUUGUUUAGACAUAAGAUAUGGUGGAUGAUACCUCGAAUGGGGAAUUCGGGAAGUGAUAUUCCUGUGGAGACACAAAUGUUGCUUGUGGAAUCAAAGGAAGAGAAGGAAAGCCGAAAUGGUUCGAGUGAUUAUAUUCUCUUCUUGCCUGUGUUGGAUGGUCCCUUCCGAAGUAGUUUGCAAGGGAACUCUUUCAAUGAGCUUGAGUUCUGCAUCGAGAGCGGUGAUCCUGCUGUACAAGCAUCUCAAUUCAAUGAAUCAGUAUUUGUGAACUCUGGAAGCAAUCCCUUUGAACUUGUCAAUGAAUCAAUAAAGAAACUAAGAAGCUACAAAGGGACAUUUUCACUUCGUGAAGACAAAUCGAUACCAGGAAUGUUAGACUGGUUUGGUUGGUGUACAUGGGAUGCUUUCUACACCGAAGUUAGUCCUCGUGGAAUCGAAGAUGGUCUUAAGAGCUUAUAUGAAGGUGGCAUUCCUGUGAAAUUUUUGAUAAUUGAUGAUGGUUGGCAAGACAUAACUAAUGAGUUUCAGAAAGAAGGCGAACCACAUAUUGAAGGAUCUCAAUACGGAGCGAGAUUAGUUAGUAUCAAGGAAAACAGCAAGUUUAGGGGCUUGAAGGACUUCAUUACUAAGAUUAAGAAGACAUAUGGUUUGAAGUAUAUCUAUGCAUGGCAUGCCUUAAUGGGAUAUUGGGGAGGACUUGAACCAAAUGCACCGGGAACUAAGAAGUACAAUCCAAGGCUAGUAAUUCCUAACCAAUCUCCGGGAAACCUUGCGCAUAUUCGAGAUUUUUCUAUGGAUGAUGGCAUGCAAAUUUAUGGUGUCAGCAUGAUAGACCCGGAAAAGAUAUUCGAAUUCUAUGAUGACUUACACAGCUACCUCGUAUCGCAAAAUGUGGAUGGAGUUAAGGUCGAUGUGCAGAAUAUACUCGAGACAAUUGCAGCCGGUUAUGGAGGCCGGGCCUCGUUGACUCAAUGGUUCCAUCAAAACCUUGAAAGGUCCAUUGCCAAAAAUUUUCAGGAUAACAGCAUAAUUUGCUGCAUGUGUCAAAGUAAUGACUCAAUUUACAGUGCAAAAGUAAGUGCUGUUGCAAGAGCUUCAGAUGAUUACAUGCCGAGAGAUGCAUCAUCGCAAACAUUGCAUAUUGCUACUGUUGCAUUCAAUAGCCUUUUUUUGGGAGAGAUUAUGGUUCCAGAUUGGGACAUGUUUUAUAGCCGCCACUAUGCUGCUGAAUUUCAUGCUGCAGCGAGAGCUUUAGGCGGUUGUGGAGUCUAUAUCAGCGAUAAACCGGGUGAGCAUGACUUUUCACUGCUGAAGAAGCUUGUACUCCCCGAUGGCUCAGUACUCCGGGCGAAGUAUCCUGGAAGACCUACAAGAGAUUGCUUAUUCAGUGAUCCAGUUAUGGAUGGAAAAAGUCUCUUGAAGAUAUGGAAUUUGAACUCUCUUUCUGGAGUGAUUGGUAUUUUCAAUUGCCAAGGAGCAGGUACUUGGCCAGGCAUGGUCAGUAAUGAAGACGGCAACAGUUCGGAUAGGAUACUCACUGGUUCUGUUAGACCUGUAGACAUUGAAUUUCUUGAAAAUAUUGCCGGAAAGGAUUGGACCGGAGAUUCUGCAGUUUAUUCUUUCAAUGCUGGAUCUCUGUCCAGAUUGUCCAAGAAUGAAACAGUUACUGUUUCAUUAAAAGUAUUAGAAUGUGAACUUUUUACCAUAUCUCCAAUCAAGAAAUACAGUUCCAACAUUGAAUUUGCACCAAUUGGAUUGAUAAAGAUGUACAAUUCUGGUGGAGCUGUUGAAUCUAUUGAUUCUGAUUUGAGAGACAAUAAUUCCAUCAUACAAUUAAGCAUCAGAGGCCGAGGAUCAGGCCUUUUCGGCGCAUUUUCAAGUGCGAAACCGAAAAGUUGCAAGCUUAACUCAAAAGAACAAGAGUUUAGUUUCAUUGUUGAUGAUAAUUUUUUGACAUUCAUGAUCCCCCCUAGUGAUUCUUCUUGGAAAAUAGAUGUUAGUUUUUAGACUUGAGAUAUUCUUUUCACAAAAUUCUUAUUGUGUAUAAUUCAACAGCAGUUCAUACUUGCUCAUUAUGACAGAGAUUUAUCUAUAUAAUAUAUUUUCUACUCAUAAUUUUUUCCA